AGCCAUGCUUUCCAGUCACAUUCGCAGCUUGUGAGAGGGAGCAGCGCCGAAGCUCACCGGCUGAGUGCUGUCUGUGCUGGCUGGGCAGCGCGUGCCUGCCCGCAGCGUGGGCGCCUGCAGGUGCUGGGCAGUGCCUGGGGCCACAGGGCUUGGUGCCGGGAGUGGGAGCCCCGUAUUGCCCGAGUCCCAGUGACACUGCUGGGCUCUCCACAUCACCUGCGUUCCUCACCUCCUCGGCUGCUUGGCCUCCAGCCGCCGAUCCAGCUUGCUGGCUGUGAUACCCCAGUGGGCCCUCCCCUGGGCUCCCGUGGGAGCUCCGAGCAGCAUUUUGCUGGAGCCAGGGGACCUGCAGCGGUCGGCGCAGCAGGAGCUGUGCGGUGCCUGGCUGGGGAUGCUGUGGGCUGCCGUGGGAAUGCCUGCCUCCCAAAGUGACUGCAACUAACUCGAGGUUGGGACUACUUCUCAGAGGAUGCCCUGUGUGUCUUCACUCUCUCCCCUCUGGCCUCACCACAGAAUAUUUGGAGUUAUUUGCUUGCCCCUGCUGAUGGGGUACGGAGUCACAGGCCUCCGGAGGGUUAAGAGCAUCUGCCUUUAUGCCAAGUAUUCAAGCAGGAAAUAAUCUGCAGAGAUACAUGUGCAGCAAUUCAACUGCUGAUGCUCUCCCAGGCUGCUGCUGCUGCUGCAGUUCGGUGUGUGUGAGAAGCCGCGCUGCUCAGAGAAGAUGCUUUCCUGGUCUGUCCAAAGUGCUGGGCAUGGCAGCAGAACCCCGGCUUCUGGAGCUGGGGUAAAUAUCUCCACCCAAGAGGAAUUAUGUUGACCUGCAGGCUCUGUUGGCUGGCUGAGCUGUGGCAUGGCAAAUACUCUAUCUUCCUGCACCACAGCAGCAAGUCCUCCCAUGCUUUGGGGAAGAGCAGAUGUGGAUGCUGUGCUAAUGAUCUUCAUUUGGGAGAAGACAUAUCCAGGAGGGCAAAUUUCCUUCCACCCUACUGAAGCAGAAAACUGCCCCAGAGAUGCUUCCAGAGAACAAGAUGGAUGCAAUUCCAAAGGAAUGGUGGACCUGGAAAUCAGCUGGAGAUUGCGAAGUCUACUUUCCCUGAAGGUUGCUGGUCAGUGGUCACCUUCUGCUUCAUACAAGGAAACUAGAAGAGCUCCACAUUAACUUCUGUAUGGUUUGUUUCACAAUGGAAGAUCAAAUGAUUUUCUGGCUCAGGUUUUGUGAAGUUCGACAUCUAAUUUGGACCCAAACUUUGGAAAAGGGAUCAUCUCUGAGGAAGAGUUAAGAGACAGAUUAAGCAGUACCAGAUGAUGAGCACUUUAAGUAGCACUGGAAUAUUACUCAGCUUGACAACAGUGUCUGUUACACUGGAUUUUAGUUUGCAUGGUGGUCUCAUGGCUUGGUCUUUAAGCAGCAAUUUGACUCUGAAUCAGAGUUUGCCUACAUCUGAUCCUCUUAAUGCCUCUGAGAAGGGCGAAGUCUCUCGGAUGUCAGUGAGAGAGAAGAACUGGCCAGCCCUCUUGAUCUUGGUCAUCAUUCUGCUUACCAUUGGGGGGAACAUACUGGUAAUUAUGGCUGUGUCCUUGGAGAAGAAAUUGCAGAACGCCACAAACUUCUUCCUGAUGUCCUUGGCAGUGGCAGACAUGCUGGUGGGUAUCCUGGUCAUGCCCGUGUCGCUCAUUGCAGUCCUGUACGAUUAUGCUUGGCCUUUGCCUAAACAGUUGUGCCCUAUAUGGAUUUCCCUAGAUGUGCUCUUUUCAACUGCAUCUAUUAUGCAUCUCUGUGCCAUCUCUCUUGAUCGGUAUGUAGCAAUACGCAAUCCCAUUGAGCACAGCCGCUUCAAUUCCCGCACCAAGGCUAUUAUGAAAAUUGCUGCAGUUUGGACCAUAUCCAUAGGGAUAUCUAUGCCCAUUCCAGUCAUUGGUUUGCAGGAUGACUCCAGGGUAUUCAUAAAUGGGACUUGCGUCCUCAACGAUGAGAACUUCGUCCUCAUUGGAUCCUUCAUGGCAUUCUUCAUCCCUCUCAUCAUCAUGGUUAUCACAUAUUGCCUGACCGUCCAGGUGCUGCAGAGACAGGCAACAGUGUUCAUGUGUGGAGAGGUGCCCAAGCAGAGGAGAAGCAGUGUGAACUGCCUCAAAAAAGAAAACAACACAGAGAACAUUUCAAUGCUUCACAAUCAUGAGGGGGCAUCUCACUUGAACUCUCCUGUGAAUAAGGAGGCAGUGCUUUUUCGGAAAGGAACCAUGCAGUCCAUCAACAAUGAACGAAGAGCCUCCAAGGUCCUGGGCAUCGUUUUCUUUUUGUUCCUCAUCAUGUGGUGCCCAUUUUUCAUCACUAACGUCAUGUCUGUCCUUUGCAAGGAAGCCUGCGAUAAAGACCUCUUGAGUGAACUCCUCGAUGUGUUUGUUUGGGUGGGGUAUGUUUGUUCUGGGAUUAAUCCCCUUGUAUACACACUUUUCAAUAAAACAUACCGCAGGGCUUUUUCCAAUUAUAUCCGCUGCCAAUACAAGACCAGUAAAAAAUCAGCACUGCGACAGAAUCAGUGUCUGAAUGUUGCUUCAACAGCUUUAUAUGGGAAGGAUCUGACUUUAACUAGUUAUCGAAAUGGCAAUGAACUCAACAGCAUGGAACUAGAUGAAGCUGAGGAGGGCCUUGUAAUGCAACCAGGGACUUCAGAGCUCUCCAUAAACAGCUGUAAUGUUGUAAGUGAAAGAGUGAGCUGUGUGUAAAGGUGGCUCACACAGCCUUUUGCUGCAGUAUAUCUGUAGCCAAAAUAUAUUGUAUAAAAAUGUACGUGUUGGUCAAAGGACAAUGUAUAUAUUGCAUUCUGAACAAAGCUUCUUUUUUUUAAGAAAAAAAAAAAAAGUUGUCUUUCCAGUCCAGUACUUAAAAUCAUAUAUAUUAAUAUACUGCAGUGAAGUUUAAGGUUCUAUAUUUACUGUUAAUACUAGAUCAGAACUAUUAGUUACUUUGCAUAUGUCAUGGACAAAAUGUUUGAAUUCUUCUUCCAGUGCAUGAACAAAAAUGCUGAAUAUUUAUCUCAGGUGGCAUUUGCUGGAGUCCAGAAUGGCACGUUUAUAGUUAUAUAUCAAAUACAUGCUAUUAGACUUGGUCAGUAUAACUUUCUUUUUCAAGUUGACAGUAAAUAUAUACUUUAAAUCCUCACCUCUACUUGUGCCGUGUAAAGACUGUACAGAAACCUGGCAGAGAGAUAUGACAAAAGCAUAGCAGCUGUGUAUGCAGCUGGCCAGAUAUGUCCUGUUAAGGGUAGUGGCUCACUGCCAUACUGGGGCAAUUUUGCACUUCUAUGGACCUCUUUUAAAUUUUGACUUCCUCUCCAGUCCUCCUGCAUCCUUUCCAUUCACUAGGAGGCUUCUGCUCCCAUAAGAAAGGUGGGGAAUGCAGUUCUGGUGUGGCUUGGUGGUCCUGACUGGGAUCGCUUGUACUCUUGGAAAAGAAGCAUGAGAAACAGAGCCAACCCCCGUUAUUUGCUUUAACCAUUUUACAAAUGGAGAUCCUCAGAUUUAUAAAAAGCCCUCCAUUGUUCUUAUAAAUCACCUGUUAUGGGAUGGGGGAAGUGGUGCUCAGCGUGGAUGGCACUGCCUUCAGAGUUUGCUUGGAUGAUCAGAGUCUGGUUCACCUGGAGAGGAGUGCUCUGUCUUUGUAAAGGCUCAUCUUUUCUAUCCCCUCAUCUCUUUAGUCAUUAGCACAUUUUGCAUUUGCUUUUAUUUUUCAAAACCCAGGGAUCUUCAGUGUUGAUGAUAAAAUCUAGUUUAGGGUGUAGGGCAGAAGCUGCUGUGCUUGUGGCACAGGUUGGGGUCAGGCUGUGAGGUUCAGGAUACAGCUCCCAGGGGCUGCUCAGGAGAGAAGUAUAAAUGAAGGAUUGCUAGAUUUUUCUCCUGUCUCACGAGGUGAUGGGCAGAGCUGGAAAGAGUAUGUGACUGGAAUCAUUUGCUGGUGGUGUCGUUCAAAAACUAUGACCAGGGACAGGAAGGGAGCAGACAUGGAAUUAUGAGCUGGAGCAAGUCUACAUGGAAGAUUAAUCUGGAUUAAUUUUUCAAAUUGAUUUAUGCCAUUUCACUCCCAAAGUAAAUUAUAUUAUAUCAUAUUAAAGCCACUUAUAUCUUAAUGAAAACAUCCACAUCAAGAUUUAAUUCAGUUUAACUAAUCUGCUUUUAAUUCACACCGUAAGUAAUUUGAAUUAAUUUUCUUCUGUGUUCCUGUGUAGACAAACCCUCAAAGGCACCAUGUCUUCCUGGCACAGUGCCUCUGGGGUGAUGCCUCUCAUGCAAUUUCCCUUAUGUAGAGUACUGUCUAAUGCCAGAUCUAACCCAUAAUGUUUUUAUAUCUUCAUUAACUAAUACACAAAUGCUGCAGUCAUCCAUCUAACACGGAUGCAUUUAGUACCACUAACAGCCUCUGGCUAUGAAAAUCCUCAGAAGAGGAAAGCUUACAUUAGGCAUGGAUGAGUUGUAUUUUACUAAUACAAACUGCUUGUACUCUAAGCUUGCUGUGUUCAUCCCACAAAAAUUCACUUGUAGGGGAAAGAGAAAAAUUUGAAAGUGCAUUAGUGCAACGUUGUGCUGUUGUUUUGCUGUAUACAGCAAAAACCUUGCUAAGAGCCCACUACUGCAACACAUCUUAUGGGUUGCAUCUGCUACUGGGCUGCUUCCAGCUUGAAACAGUGAAGCUGCUGAUCCUCUCUUCUCUUUCAUUCCCUCCUGUGCAAAAUCUAUAGUACUUCCAUGCAGGCAGGCGAGGUAUCCUUAGGGAGCAUAACAUACUGCUUGCAGAAGGCAGCAGAGAUGGACUGCGUGCCAGUCUGCUGACAGUUUCUGUGGCUUGAAUGCUUGGGAAUCUACCUGCCUGUCCAAAAAGAUCUGCUAACCAGCAGGAAAAGGACUAGCCAGAAACACAAACUUGUGCCUUCAGUGACUGCCCUUUGCUCUGUGUCAAAUUUGAAUAUCUCAUGCAGUAGAGAAAAAUCAGAAAGAUCACAUUGCUUUUGUAGUUCUUCCCCCCUUCCCUCCCUUGGGUGAAUUCAUAGCACAUCUUUUACAAACACGUAUAUGUCUGGGUGUGUAUAUAUAUAUGUGUGUGUGUACGUAUAUAUACAUAUAUAUAUAUAAAAGCCAACCACAGACUUUGAAAGCAUUUAGCAAUAAGUUGAAUUACAGUAGCUUCUAGCACAUGUGAAUAGGUCAUAUGUGAAUAGCUCAUUUGCCACAGCAUCCUCGAACUUGGUGUAAGUUCACACAAAUACAUUUUCAUUGCAUAGGAGCCUUCAUGUCUUACCCUUGCCAGGUCUGUUGUAUGGGCAAAAAGGGAACCUACUAUAUUUGGAUGUAAAUAAUGAGAACUGAACUGAGAAUUUACAGAUUUUUUAUAUAUGUUUUUAAGAAAUUCAGCACCAGAACUGUAAAUAUGUUAAGUGUUGCUACUCAGCUGGACCCGUUCUGAUGUAUGCUACUUCUAUAGAUAACCAGACAAGGGGACUGCCUUAUAGAGCCUGUGUUCUCUCCCGACCAGCGGGUGAUAACAUUUUUGUGAAUGAUUAAAUACUGUCAAUUGCCCAACUUCCUUUGGGUCAUUAACAUCAGGGUUUUGUGAUGCUGCUAUUAAUUUAUUAAAGAAAGUUUGUUGGUUUAAUCACUCUUUUUUUUUUUUUUUUUGAUGGUCUAUCAGAAAAUAAAUAAAUGAACAUGCCCUCUCUUCCUUUCAUCUCUCACCAAUUACAACAUGUCCUGAUCUAAAACUAUGUCUGACCACAAAAUAAAACAACAAAAAAUCAA